UAGCUAUGUAUGAACUUAAUGAUUAGGUGCAUGAAACUACAUCGCAAAGACGAAGUAUAGUGUUACAAGCUUCAUCAUGAUCGUAAAGGUGCUGAUUGGAAUUCUUUGGCUCUACCUCAGUGUAGUUGCUGCCCAACAAAAUGUCCCUUACAACAAUUGCGGAGAUAGCAACACUAUUUUCUCAGUGGAGGACUUCAGUGUGACACCCCUGCCUCCCCAGAUUGGGAGAGAUGUCACCCUAACUGCAAACAUCAAUUCAGCUGAUGUAGUGACUGGGGGUACAGUGACAGUGGAGGUCAGAGGGAUGGGACCUCUCGCUUUCAUUAGUGAAAAGAAGAGCCUUGAUCUCUGUCGUAACAGUCCAAAUGGCUGCCCUAUUCCAAAGGGCAAGACAAGUCUACGCGUGACAAGGAAAAUACCAAACUUUGUCCCUAAAGGAACAUAUGAAAUAAAGAUCACUGCAAAGGACAACAGAGGCAGAGAGCUGAUUUGUGGCAGUGUUAACAUGACAUUCCAGAGGUCUGCCUUAUCCAGACUGCUGCGUUAUUUAAGAUUCUGACAAGUCGUCACUUAACAUUGCAACUGAAACUGAAACUGAAACUGUUUAUUACAAACUGAAACAAUAAUUAUUGUAAUCAUCGUGUCAUAUAAGCUCCAUAGGGAAUAUAUAAUAAAUUAUGACACUAAAGA